AGCGAGAGCAGCAACGUGGAGACACGCAGAAGCUCGGAGGCUCUCAACUUUAGAGCUGCUGCCAAAAUGCUCGUGUUAUUUGAGACCGCCGCUGGAUAUGCUAUAUUCAAGGUUCUUGAUGAAUCCAAGCUGCAACAGGUCGACAGCCUGUACAAGGAGUUUGAAACUCCUGAAAAGGCGAACAAAAUUGUGAAGCUGAAGCACUUUGAGAAGUUUCAGGACACCACAGAGGCCUUAGCAGCUGCCACUGCCCUUACUGAGGGAAAAAUCGGCAAGAGUUUAAAGAAAGCGCUGAAGAAGGUUGUGGCCAAGGAAGCUCAUGAGCAGCUGGCCAUCAGCGAUGCAAAACUCGGAGGGGUCAUCAAAGAAAAGCUGGACCUGAGCUGUGUCCACAAUUCUGCCGUGGCCGAGCUGAUGCGGUGCAUCAGGAGUCAGAUGGAGAAUCUCAUCACCGGCCUUCCCCCGAGGGAGAUCAGCGUCAUGUCUCUCGGAUUGGCUCACAGUUUAUCCCGCUACAAGCUGAAGUUCAGUCCAGACAAAGUGGACACUAUGAUUGUGCAGGCAAUCUCUCUUUUGGAUGACCUGGAUAAGGAGCUCAACAAUUACAUCAUGCGCUGUAGAGAAUGGUACGGCUGGCACUUUCCCGAGCUGGGAAAGGUAGUCACCGACAACUUGGUCUACUGCAAGGCUGUCCGCAAAAUAGGCGACCGCACGAACGUGGCUGGCUCCGAUCUGUCCGACAUCCUCCCCGAGGAAAUCGAGGCCGAGGUCAAACUGGCAGCUGAGAUCUCCAUGGGAACGGAAGUGUCUGAGCAGGACAUUGGCAACAUCAGGCACCUGUGCGAUCAGGUGAUUGAGAUUUCAGAGUACCGCACUCAGCUGUACGACUACCUGAAGAACCGAAUGACGGCCAUCGCCCCCAACCUGACUGUGAUGGUGGGAGAGCUGGUCGGCGCCCGUCUCAUUUCGCAUGCAGGUUCCCUUCUGAAUCUGGCCAAGCAUCCAGCCUCCACCGUGCAGAUCCUCGGAGCUGAGAAGGCUCUGUUCAGAGCCCUGAAGACCCGCAAAGACACACCCAAGUACGGUCUCAUCUACCAUGCCUCCCUAGUGGGCCAGACCAGUGCCAAGAAUAAGGGCAAGAUCUCCAGAAUGCUGGCAGCUAAAGCAGCCCUGGCUAUUCGCUAUGACGCCCUGGGAGAGGACACGAAUGCUGAAAUGGGAGUAGAGAACCGGGCCAAACUGGAGGCCAGGCUGCGCCAGCUGGAGGAGAAAGGAAUUCGAAGAAUCAGUGGAACAGGAAAAGCAAUGGCAAAGGCUGACAAAUACCAGCACAAGAGUGAAGUGAGGAUUUACGAUCCAUCUGGCGAUUCUACUAUUCCCUCAACCUCAAAGAAGAGGAAGUUUGAGGAGGUAGAGGAGGAGGAGGAGGCUGAAGAGCCUGAAACACCGGUGGUCAAAUCCAAAAAGGCCAAAAAGCAAACAGUAACAGAAGCAGUAGAAGAAGAAGAAGAAGAAGCAGCAGCACAGGAGGAGGAGACUCCCAAGAAAAAGAAGAAGAAAAAGAAGGACAAGAAAGAGGAGGAACCUGAGGAGGAACCUGAGGAAGAGGUAGCCGUCCCAGAGUCAACAGAAAAGAAGAAAAAGAAGAAGAAAAAGAUCUAGGAGGGCGAAGAUGACUCGUGAAAUAAUGGAGAGUGUAUAUAUUUUCUGUUUUAGUUUUUAUGUCAUUUUAGUUUUGUGUCAUACAUUUAUAUCUAACAAGGGCAAAACUGUAUCGCUUGCCUGUUUCUGAACAUCGAGAAAGGAAGUGCACAUAAGAUCUCCUUUUAUAACUGCGUGUAAGGUGUGGUGGUGUACUUGCAGUUAUGAAAUGAGUGAAAAUGUAAAUAUAUUUUUUCACAAUGAUUAAGUUUGAAAUGCUACAUCCUGGUUUGACUGUUUUUAUGUUGAUUUCUUUUUUUUUUAAUUGUAAAGAAAUCUACAUCAGACCUAUGUAUUAAUACAGCAAGUUUUCCCCA